UCCUAGUAACAUUAGCCAUGUGGCAGCAUUCACACGUGCUAAGAAUAGCGACAGGACACUGUCACCCGUGUAACUUUUCCAAGCUAGUUAAUGAUACUACUUUAAUGUAGGAGAAAACAUUUCCUAGGACCCUGAUUGACCUAAAGACUUGGCCGCCACCUUACGAAGAGACUCUCUGCCUGCAGGGGACAUAAUGACAUCUUCCCAGACUAUCUACCCUGGAAUGCGUGGCACCAUCCCAAAUCCUUACCCACCAACAAGUUCCAUGGCUCUUCAUCCUCAACAACCUCUGGGUUUUUUAAAUGUAAGAAACCAAGUACAGACUGGGCAGGUUUCCUUCAUUACAUCUCCAGGAAUCUUCCCUAACAAUCAGCUGGGUCGAGAUGUGCCAACGGUAAAUCCAGCUCCAGGAGCAGCAACAAGCAACGUUAAAGAUGCAGCAAUAGCACUUGGGGUGAUCCAAAUCACAAUUGGAUUGAUGCACAUUGGCUUUGGAGUUGUUCUCGGGUUGCUGAGCACCUCUUACUAUAUGAGUUGGGCAUUUUCCUCUAUUGCUUUUGUUGGUGGAUAUCCAUUCUGGGGUGGAGUCUUUGUGAGUAGAUUGCUAGAACACCUCUCCCUGUGCAGGAUGGAUGUCCCCAGUCUGUUCACAGCAAGAGACAUUCCCAGGCGCAAGCAGGGAACCUGCCAUUCACAGAUUUGUCUAUGCCUACAGUUCAUUGCUUCUGGCUCACUCUCCAUAUCAGCGUUCAAGAAGUUCUCUCACUGUCUGGUGAAGAGCACCCUGAUAACAAACAUUUUUAGCACCGUCUCUUCCUUUGUUGGAGUGAUUCUGUUUCUGUUUGAUCUGAACAUCAAUGGCCACCAUUAUCAAAACUACUGGAUGGUGCUUUCUGGGAGAGGAAUUGCAGGUGUGUUGGCAAUAUUUUCCUUGUUGGAAUUCAGCAUAGCGUGGGCCACGGUCUACUUUGCAUACCAAACUAUCCUCUAUGGCAAAAGAUCUGUCCCGGAUGCUCCAAAUGUGUAUACAGCCAACCCCUUGAUGCAAGAGUCUUCCCCAGCCUCUCCUAUAUAUGACAACAUUCCAGAUUAUGCUCCCAGGCAAUAACAGGCA